GAGAUCCUCGUUUAGUCGAGGAGUGGAUUCAGGGUCUGGAAUCUAUUUUCGAGAUCACUGAAUACACAGACAGACACCGUAUUCUCUGUGCACAACUUCAGAUGACUGGAGAUGCAAGACUAUGGUGGAACUCUUACUGGAGCAUGCGUCCUGGUGAGAAGGAGCAUCUCACUUGGAUCCAGUUCAAGGAGAUGCUAGAAGAAAAGUACUAUCCAGCUCAUUACCGUGCUGAGAUGGAACGCCAAUUCCUAGCGUUAGUCCAAGGUAAUCGCUCUGUGGGCGAAUACGAGCGAGAGCUUACCAGAUUGGGAUCUUUUGUCAGUUAUCUGAUAGACACGGAGGCCAAGAAAGCAAGGCGCUUCCAAGAAGGGUUACUACCAGUAAUCCGUCACCAUGUAGCCGGGCAUUGCAUUCAGACCUAUGCUGAAGUUGUGACCAAGGCUCAAGAAGUGGAUGCGAGUUUCAGAAGAGGAGAUGGCCAAGUUCAAGUGCCGCCACUUCCUCAAGUUCCAGUCAGUUCCCCAGUGCAGCCCAUGCCUGACCAACCAGCAAUGAACAAACUCAAGAACAAGAGAAAGUUUAAGGGCCCUCAGAAUAACCAAAGGCAGCCAGCUCCAGCUAACCGACUACCAGUUUGUGGCACGUGUGGAUGUGCUCAUCGUGGAGAGUGCCUAGCAGGGCAGAAUGUCUGCUAUAAUUGCAGGAAGCCGGGGCAUAUGACCAAGGAAUGUCCAGACAGGCAGCAGCCUCAACCUCAGGCUCAGCCUCAGCAGCAGAGGCGAGCGGGGCAGCAAGCUCAAGUAUAUGUUGUGGACCAGGCUCAGGCAGAGGAGAACCCAGGUACCAUGUCUGGGAUGAUUAUUUUAAAUGAUAUUCCUAUUUUUGCAUUGUUUGACACGGGAGCAUCGCAUUCUUUCGUGUCAAAACGAUGUAUAGAAGCCAUAGGAGUUCAACUCCUUGACACUGUUGAUCCUCUUGAGGUAAGUUUAGCCUCAGGACAGAAAAUAGUGACGAGUUCUAAGGCAGAAAACCUUAGACUCAAUAUUAGGGGGCGAAUCUUGGAGGUCGGCGCGUACGUCAUCGAGAUGAGGGAUUUUGACCUCAUACUCCGUAUAGAUUGGCUAACACGUUACCGUGCUGAUAUUUGUUGUCAUGACCGAGAGGUAAUUCUUUAUCUUUCGGAGGAGGAUCAAAUUUCUUUCUACGGCUCAAAGAGGCGAACGUUGCCUCGGGUAAUUUCUAUGGCGAAGGCAAGGAAGAUUAUAAGACGGGAGGAUUGUCAAGGAUAUUUGGUGAGUAUUGUUGAUGAAAAUUUGAGAGCACAAACACCUUAUGAUGUUCCAAUUGUUCGUGAGUUUGUGGAUGUGUUCCCGGACCAAUUACCAGGAAGACCACCCAACAGGCAAGUGGAGUUCACAAUCGAUCUUGUUCCUGGAGCAGCGCCUGUGUCAAAGGCACCAUAUCGGAUGGCACCAAAAGAAUUGCAAGAGUUAAAAACUCAAAUUCAAGAGUUCUUGAAACUUGGUUUCAUUAGACCAAGUGUUUCGCCUUGGGGAGCACCUGUAUUGUUUGUCAAGAAGAAGGAUAGUUCCAUGAGAAUGUGUAUCGAUUAUUGGGAUUUAAACCGAUUAACGAUAAAGAAUAAAUAUCCGCUCCCAAGGAUAGAUGAUUUGUUUGAUCAGUUGAGAGGGGCUUGCGUAUUUUCAAAGAUAGAUUUACGCUCAGGAUAUCAUAAACUGAAGAUUAAGGAAUCUGACAUAGCUAAAACUACAUUUCAGACAAGAUACGGUCACUACGAGUUUGUGGUGAUGCCGUUUGGGGUAAGUAAUGCACCAGCGGUGUUCAUGGACUUGAUGAACCGUGUUUUCCACAAGUAUUUAGAUCAAUUUGUCAUCGUUUUUAUUGAUGAUAUUUUGGUCUACUCCAAGAGUCAAGAAGAGCAUGAGCAACAUCUAAGGGUUGUUCUCACUACCCUUAGAAAGGAGAAGUUGUAUGCCAAAUUCUCUAAGUGUGAGUUUUGGCUGAAGAAAGUGGCAUUCUUAGGCCAUAUUAUCACUGAGAGAGGUGUAAAAGUGGAUCCAACAAAGAUAGCUGCAAUUCAGAAUUG